AUGGUCACCCGCGGGCGCCCAAGCAAAGGCUGCCAUGGCUGCCGAUCGCGGAAGAUCGCCUGCGACCAGACCAGGCCGCAUUGUCUGCAGUGCAAGCGCGACGGCCACGUCUGUCCGGGCUACCACGAUACCCUGUCGUUGAUGUUCCAGGACAGGAGCCUGCAGACAGUGGGCAGGCCCACUGCUUCAAAAAGGAAAACGAAACCGAAGACGACGAAGAAAUCGCGCGAUGCUGGCAACGCGCAGUCUGCAGGCUCAGGCUCAGCUGCUGUCUCACCAUCGAGUGUGCUGGACAGACGGGCAUCAACAUCAACAUUAGAAUUAACACCGACAUCGACAUCUAGCUCGCCGUAUUCCUGGCAGGACGGAGGAAUAGAUCAAUUAGAAAUACUGCGCCCGUCGUACCAGCCGACCCGCGACGAAGCGAUCAGCUGGUUCCUGCGCCAUAACGCAUGGUCCGGCGCACUGUUCAUGAUCGAUUUCGACCCGGGGGUCCUCGCCCGAACGAAUGUAUCGCUGGGCGAAAGGACCAGGAUGGCGAGUUUGGUUGCUGCCGGAUCGGCAAUGCUUGCUCGGGCACGGCGUAAUGGGGGGAGUGCUCUGCAGUUGCAACAGAAUGCCUCGCGCGAGUAUAGUCAGGCACUCACUCUCAUGUCGCAGGCUGUUAUAAACCCUGUCGAGUCAAGAAGUAAUGCGACAUUGUCUGCUGUACUGUUACUGGCGCUUUUUGAGCUUAUAACGAAUCGAACGAUGGGCACGGUCGAAAGCUGGACGAGACAUAUCUACGGGGCUUCUGCACUGCUGGACAUGCGGACCCAGGAAGAGCUGCAGAAUACAGAAAGUCUCAGCCUUUUUAUCCAGUUACGCUUCCAGAUUAUUAUAAGCUGCCUGCAAUGCGGACUCCCUGUCCCCGAAUCCCUCCUGGACUGCAACAAGAUCGCAAUGUAUCUCCGCCCCCAUAUGGAAGGCUACUGCGACCGCGUCAUCUACAUCACCGGCCAGCUUUCCAACCUGCGCGCCGAGAUCAUCAGCGGCGGGCUCUCAGACAUCGGCGAGAUCCUCUCAAGAGCCUACUCCAUGGAAGCAGCCCUCACAGCGUGGGUUGCCUCCGGUCCGCCCGAAUUCCUAUACACUACGAUCGAAUACCCACCGUCACAACCACAGCCAGCGUUCUCCUGGAGCACAACAUCCGGCUGCACCCCGCCCCUGUACAAAAACCGCUACCACCUAUACAAUGACCUCUGGAUCUGCCACACCUGGAACCAAUACCGCUACUCACGCAUCCUGCUGUGCGAAAUCAUCAUCGGCUGCCUCCGCCGCAUCUCCCGACCGGCUGGCCUGGUUCCAGGGAAAGACCUACAACGACAGUGCACCGAAUUACGAAAGACAACCCGCGAUCUGGCAUUGGACAUAUGCGCCAGCGUCCCAUACCAUCUUGGAGCCGAUUCCCUCCUCGGCUCCGGCCGCGGUAUCCCCGCAUCCCAAACAUAUAUUGGCGCUCUGUUACUUCUCUGGCCAUUAGCCGUCGCCGGCGCCACCGAGUGCCGAGGGCACCCGAUGCGGCUAUGGGUGAUUGAAUGUUUCAAAAUAGUCGGCCAUGCGAUGGGCAUUGACCAGGCCCUUGCGGUAGUAGAAAUCAUGGAGAUCGAGGCCGGAUAUUUCGAGGACCUGGAUGACGCCGAGGACGGCAGUAUCAUUUUCCUCGAGACGGACCGCACGCGGAAUAAUCGGUUUGUUAUUAGUGCUUGGAGCUCGAUGCUCAAAGCCUGUUAG